AUGUGUAUCGGGACAGCCGAGAACUUGGUUCGACGCGGCCCCGCCCGGAAAGUCAGGCGCCCGAGUUUGGAGGAGCUGUUGACCUCCGCUGCAGAGGCGGCGCGCGCAGCUCCCAACCGUGCGGCGAAGCGACGUGUUCGCCAAAGAUUGCACAAGAAGCUCGGGGCCAUGCUCACGAUCGAGGAGUUUGAGCAAGCCAUGGACCGGUUUCAAGCGAUGGUCGAAGACACUCAGGAGGAGCCAAAUGCCAAGCAGCCGCUACCCAGAGCCGGGGUUUCCUCUGUGCCCGUGCUGCUGUUGCCCGUUGCGACACCCAUGCAGGUCUUACGGCCGCAGCCGCCGCAGCCCGCACCUGUGAACAAGCAGGCCUUUUCGCAGGCUCCGACGCCGCAGCGCUUCCUGGGUGGCUUUCGCAACAGCGUGCCACCUCAGCGACUUCUGGACCACCGUCUUCUGCAGCCUCACCCUCCACGACCAUCCUGUGAACGCUUUGUGGAGUCGGAGCUGGCGCUGGACUGCUGUAGGGUCCUUCCAGGCUAUGAUGCCAACACCUGGCAAGAACAAGGCGUAUAUUGCCUUCAGGAGGCGCGCCCCGAGCCCACCGCCUUAGAGGAGGAGUCGGACUCCGAUCUCAGCACCGAUGUGCAGUGGAUGAGAGCGAUGUCCGACGAGGUUUCCCAGCUGCCGGUUGAGCGGACGUUCAUCCAAUUCAACACCUGCGGCCGCAUCCAUCGCCGCCGCUCACGGUCCGUUU